AAAGAGAGGGUGUGAAAGAGAGAACGAGUAGAGGGAAGUGUAAAAUGCUGACUGCUAAAUGCCGGCGGCCUUAGAUUUAUCGACUACUUUCAACAAAAUUGUGAAAUACCAGUGAUAAUAUAAAGCAAAAUAAAUAAAAUGCAGGAACAGGAGAUGGAGGUGGAUGUGGGGGACCCGGUGAAGGCGUCCAAUUUGCUGCGGCUCAUCAAGCAGCUGCUGCUGGAAAAAGCUUACGAUGGCGUGCGGAUGCUGUUCCAAAGUGCCCAGGAAUCGGAGAGGAACACCCAGCUGCUGCCCCACAUAGCCAUGGAACUCUACCAUGACGUGUGCUCGGAAAACCUUUCCGACGAGGUCAACUCCCAGGAGCCAGAGCUAUUCGACUGCUCUGAUGAGCUGCUCAAGCUGCUGGCUAAGUACGCCCCACUGCAGGAGCUAAUGCUGGAACUGAUGGAGCGCUUGGAGGAGAGCAGCAGUAUCAAUGUGUUCGGUGCCUACUUAAGGGCCCUCCAAGUGGUACUGCAGCGGCAAGGACGCGACAAACCGCAGGCCGUAGAGUGGAGCCUCCAGAGCAUCUUCACCCGGCUAAAGGAUUUGCCCCUGCCACAAUACCUCUCCGAGGGCUAUGACGAGGCCCAGGCGCGACUCAUAGAGCAAAACGAGCAGGUUGAGGACUUUUUGGCUCACUACAUCACCGUGGGACUUUUUCGGCAGCCGCUCAGAGAUGAAAUCCUGCAGGAUUUGCGGCCUCCCAGCCAAACAUUCAGAGAUUGCGGACUCAACCGGCGCAACAUAUUUACUUGCUUCUUCAUCCAGCUGUUGGGUCGUCCUUUUGCCCUGCUGGAGAUGAGUCACGUUAAGAAGGACCUUACCAGAACCUAUGUGCAGCAGGUUACGGAGAGCCUGACUCAGGAUGCCAACCAGUGCCUGGGGGAUCCCUUCUACCUGCUCAAUCUCGUAGAACAGCGUGCCAGAUGGCUAAGGAAACUAGAUCCCUCGAAAGGUGUCUACGAGAUGAGUUGCCGUAAUGUUUUCCUCAUCGAGGAGAAACUUCCACUACAUGCUGUAGCCAUGUACUAUCACUCGCUCUUCGUGGGUAACCAACUGCCCCCCAAUGCACCAAGGAUAUAUGCACCUUUAUUCCUAUUUGAAACGAUUGUUUAUCUGGCAGAAGUGCUUCUUAGGCAGCAGGAGCCUGCCCUACAGUAUUGUGGUCUACGACUAGUGGAGCAUCUUUUGAGUACCUUGCAGGACUCAGUUCCCACCAGCUCCCUCCAACUGGAUGUCCACAAGCGCUUUUGCGAGGCACUUUGCAAGAUUGUGGGCUACUCCCCGCAGGUUUCACUUCGGCAGUUGGGACUUCAUGUGCUUAGGCAAUUUAUUCUGGCCUUUGAUGAUAAUGGAAAGUACCUCAUCCUUAAAAAUCUGCUGGGGACCCUGCAGCACGACGGACUAAUGGGCUACCUCGGAGGGAUGUACAAGGAUCUGGUGGACAAGGCGCUAGAGGAAUCCGGUCCCCUACCGGAAGUUUUUAGCGGAAAGCUCUUCCACGAGAUGUUGCUGCUAUGCGUCUGUGUGCUGCCACAUGACGUAAAAUCCGAUCUUCUUCUGCACUCGGAUCGCCUUUGUCAUGCUCUAAAUAUCCUACGCUACUUUGCGGCGAAAGACAAAAAAGAUGUGACUGGCUUCUGGCAGGCUCUGCCGGAAAUCGAAAAGGGAUUGCUAGAUCCCCUGGGAAAAGCGCUUAACUUUUCGAUGGCCCAUUACAAGGCGUACAAGGAGCGCGUUGAAAAAGGUCAGAGUGCUUCGGAUGAUGAACUAAUGCAGCGCCAACUCAAUAUGCUUGCCGUAAACAUAAGCAACAGCGGAAUGGCCGGCGGCGACGCGGAGAGCAAGCUGCCCGAUAUUGGACGCCAGGAGAAGCUCGAUGUGCUGGCCAGCUCCAUUACCAGUUUGGAAACACUGCAAUCCUUAUAUCUGCGCGCCAGCGAGAUCAUCGAACAGUCCACUCGCCUGCGACGGAUCGCAAAUCCAUCGAAUGCUUAGCUUAUAUUUUGGCCACAAUGAAAGCGAAAUGACAACGUAAACUUUGUUUGUAAACAGAACCGAAAACGAAAUCGAAACUUAAACU